UGAAAAACUAGGGCAACAGUGACUGUUGGCUGGCUGGCUGCGCUCUCUCUCAGUAGAUAAAAACAAGUGGCCAUUAUAAUAGGCAGGAGAGGGCUCAGUCGUACGGAUAAGAAUAACACACUACACUUUCCAGCAGCCGGAAGGACAAUUUAUGCGUCAACAUGUUUAGCAGAUCAUUAUUACAGAUCCGACUGCGUGCCUGUACACAGGAGAAUAGGAACGGGAUUAAAAGAGUGACAACGACAUUAACCUGCAUUGGUGACGGGCGGCGCGAUGCCUAUACCACUACCACUGUCGUGGGGGACAACAAUAAACAGAAAACUAUGGAUGAUUUGGAUGGGCCUAGUUUUCUCAGGUCUUUAUAUUGGCUUUUCGGGAAAGGGUAUUUUCAGACAACACAUCAAAUGCAAAUUGAACACAGCAAGAUCUAUGGCCCUCUGUGGAAGUCAAAGUACGGGCCCUUGGUGAUAGUGAACGUGGCCAGUGCUGAACUGAUUGAGCAGGUUUUGAGACAGGAGGGCCGCCACCCCACCCGUACGGACAUGCCCCACUGGAGGAGUUACCGCGAGCUGAGGAACCACGCCUAUGGGCCCCUCACAGAGAUGGGUGCUCAGUGGCAGCGAAUCAGGAGUAUCCUGAACCCGCGAAUGCUGAAGCCCAAACAUGUCUCAGCCUACACCAAUGCCAUCAAUGACGUGGUCACAGACUUCAUAGACAAGGUGGCCUGGCUGAGGGAGACCAAGGGAGAUGGGGUCAUGGUGAACGAUCUGGCUGGAGAACUCUACAAGUUCGCCUUUGAAGGGAUCUGUUCUGUGCUGUUUGAGACCCGUAUGGGCUGUCUGAAUGAGGAGGUUCCUGAAGAGACCCAGAAGUUCAUUGUCUCAGUAGGAGAGAUGUUUCGCCUCUCCCCCAUCAUCAUUCUCUUCCCCAAGUCCACCUGGCCCUACCUCCCCUUCUGGAAACAUUUUGUGGCUGUCUGGGAUCACCUCUUCAAAGUUGCUGAGGAGCAGGUGCGUCAGAAGAUGGAGGAGAUCCAGGAGAGGGUGCGCCUGGGCCAGCCGGUGCAGGGAGAGUACCUCACACACCUCCUGGUCAGUGAACAGAUGUCUGUCACUGAGAUACUGGGCUCCAUCACUGAGCUACUGCUGGCUGGGGUCGACACGACGUCCAACACCAUCUCGUGGUCUCUGUACCACAUGGCCCUGGAGCCAGAGAUCCAGGAGAAGCUGUACCAGGAAGUGAACAGUGUCUGCCCGGGGGACAAGGUGCCUACUAGUGAUGACAUCGCCAGAAUGCCCUGGCUUAAGACUGUUGUCAGGGAGACACUACGGAUGUACCCAGUAGUACCAGGAAAUGCCCGCAUCAAUGUGGAAAACGAGAUAGUUGUGGGGGACCACCUCUUCCCCAGAAAUACCCUGUUCCACCUGUGUCACUAUGCCGUGUCCUAUGACCAGACAGUGUUCCCGGAGCCCCAUGCCUUCCUGCCAGAGCGCUGGCUCCGUGGGGGCCGGGGGGAAGACAAGAAGAACCAGCACCCCUUCGGCUCAGUGCCCUUCGGUUUCGGAGUCCGGGCCUGCCUGGGCAGGAGGGUGGCCGAGCUGGAGAUGUACCUCAUCCUCUCAAGGUUGAUAAAACACUAUGAAAUACGCGCAGAUCCUGCCGGAGCCACAGUCAAGCCAAUCACAAGAACCCUUCUUGUCCCUGCUACCCCAAUCAACCUGCAGUUUAUUGAUAGGACAGUCCAGUAGCAAGAGGAACCAAUG